UACAGCUGAAAAGCAUUCUGGGCAAUAGAGAGAGAUUCAAAAUGGCGGACGGCACGGAAGGUUUUUACUUCGAUGAAUUGAAUAAAGUACGGGUCUUAGAGCCUGAAGUAAGCCAAGAAACGAUGAAACUCAAAGAGGAGUGCAAAGAGUUUGUCGACAAAAUAAAUGAUUUUCAAAAGAUCGUUGGUGGAUUUAUCGAUACGGUCGAUUCUUUAGCCAAGGAGGUCGAGAAAGAAAAGAUGAAGGCGAUCGGCUCUAGAAACUUGUUAAAAUCCAUUGCUAAACAAAGAGAAUCUCAACAACAACAGCUGAGGGCUUUAAUAGCCGAAAAAAGGACACAACUUGAAAGGUUUAGGCUACAACAUGAAUCACUCCAAAAAGUAGAAAGCGAACAGAAUGAGUUUAUUGAACAGUUUAUCCUACAAAAGUAGACCAGACAAACACAAGUUUGUGAAAUAUUCUAAGGAUAAGAUUUCAUAUAUGUAAAAAUAACCUACAAUGAUUAUGUUUUGAUAUAACUGUACUGUAAAUUUUUAAUUCAUUCUACCCUACUUACCUAAUGAAUAAGAAAUAUCAUCAUUGCACAAGUCCACACCAAGGGGCGGAUCCAGUUAUUUCAGAAAGUGGGGGCCGUUCAGUCCUGUAUCCAUCGGCUGCCAGAGGCGGGAGCAACUAGGGRGGUCAAUUUUGAAAUUUAGAUCCUGAGAAAUGCGUUUUCUAGCAUUUUGAGGGAUUUUGACUAGGAUUUUUUUCUAUACUUUCUUUUUGCUUUCCGCUUUUUGUCCCUYUUUUAUUCAGCAAAAGGGGGCCCGUGGCCCCUUCAGCCCUCCCCUAAAUCCGCCCCUGACACCUAUAGUUCAUUUCUUUUACACUGUGAUUUUGGAUGCCGUGUUUCCUUGAUUACUAUUUCUUUAUUUAUUGGUAAUAAUUGACAUUGUUGAUAUAGUUCUGACUUUAAAGUGCUACUAUGACGAAAAUCGCUCAAACUUGGAUUCAGCUGAAACUUCCUAAGAAUACUCUUUAAAG